AUGUGGAAGUCAGAAAAUGUGGAGCAGCAGCAGCUAACAGGAAAGGGCACAGAUACAGAACAGGGUGUCAACGCAGCUGUGUUGCAAGGUUCUCAAAUUUUGCAGGGCUCUUCUUCGGCUGCCGGACCAAGUGAUGUGCGGGUUGAGAACUCAGUGAUAGAAACAACAAAUACGGGUGCUGCGGGUAUCUCUCAGAAGACAGUCACCACUAAAGUAUGCAGAAGAUGUGGUGUAAAGGGCCAUUUGAUGUUCGAGUGCGGAGCGACAGUGUUUUGUGAAAUUUGCAGAAGCUCCGAUCAUGCCAUGAGUCGGUGCCCGGUUCUCAAGCAACCGAAACCAGUAACUCAGUUGGUUGGACAGGCUGCAGAUGCUCUUGCCGGUUUUCAUAUUCCACAUGCACCAAUUCAGCCAACAAAGAGAGAUUCGAGGUUUUCUCUGAUCUCGACUUCUAGUAAGAAUCUGACAGAGGAGGAUGUCGUAGCUUUUUUACAUGUAUUGGUUUCUGAUACUUUUGCUUGGGAAGUCAAAAGGCAAAGUGGCUCUGAGUUUAAGGUCCUUUUUCCUACAAAAGGUGAUCUCACAAAGAUGACGAGGUUCAAUGCAGAAAUGAAGGGAGUUACUCAGGAUGUUGAUACGGUGACUUCCAGAGCAAGUAGCUUUGGCCGAUUUGCAGUGGCAGUGCUAGAACCUGAAGUAAUUCCGACAAAGCUAGAUGUCAUCAUUGGUAAUAGGUACUUCCAGUUACUUUUUGAGGUUGAGCCUUAUCUUCCAAAUAUUGGGCUGGAAAAUAUUUGGAACACCCGAAAUGAUGGCAAUGCAGAUCAUGGCAAUGGAGCACAAAAAGAUACUGAGAUGGGAGAGACACAAAAUCAUGGUGAUAAUACCGCCUUAGGUGCAAGUGUAGCAAAUGCAAAGAACAAUAUUAGUAUGGGAAAACAAGUAAAGGAUCCGGAAGCACAGAUGGAUAUUGAUCUUUCAGAGGAUGAUUUAUUGGGUGAGGAAAAUGAAGUUAGUGAGGCGGCACGGGAUUUUAUUGGGGUAAAAAAAGGCCACUCGGUGAAUGUGAGGACUGCAGCUUCUCUGACGUUGUUAGGUUCUUCAUCAGCACCAGCUCGCUUACCGCAGCAACCAAGUCAAACGCAGCAGCAGCAGCCUGUUCAAACACAGCAGCUCACCAAGGGGGCGGGGGCACAGGCUGCGGGUGCUUUUGUGCCUACAGGUCUUGAUUCACAAAAAAAAUACAACCAGCAGUCUUUCGUGCUUGAUGAGGAACAGGAUGAGGCUCCAUUGCUUCCAGAUGGGGUAGCAGAAGGUGUGAUUACGAUUGAUGAUCAACACCUUGGGAUCCUUUCUGAUGCUAUGGUAGAAGCUGGCCUGUCAGCUGAUGGUGGAACAAAGAAAGCUAGGAAGUAUGAUGACUAUGGCGGUGCUGUCAGAUGGAGAGCUUACCCCAAAAAAAGAAUUGCUUACAGAAAUCUCGAGGAACCCCAAGAUAAUGUGAAUGCAUUAGUUAAUUCAGUUACUUCCUUUUCUAGUGAUCCUAUUGAGCAUAACUUAGGGGUGAUCGGGAUUACCUUGGGGGAUGGAGAAAAAGUAGUUGCUAAGUCUGUAGCUCUUAUCUUAGAUACGGAAAAAGAAAGAUUAAAACCAUCUAAUGUUGUUCAUUUGAUUGAUAAAGAAUUUGAAUCGGAGGAGGAUGAGAUUGAUCCUGAUACUUCCACUAUCAGUCGACUCUGUGGCGACUUGACGGAGGAGGUGAUGGACGAUAAUAGUGCAGGCCUUGAUGGAGUACUUGUUAAUAUACCCAUCAAGGUGGCAAAAAAUAGAAAAAAAGAAACUCCCCAAUAA